UAAUGGAGCUGGGAGCCGCUAUCAUCAUUCGGAACUCCGUCGAUGGCAAGUAUCGAAUCCGUUGGCAUUCCUGCCUGCAUGGUUGGAACAACAUUGUGGACAUCCUCUACAGACAAGCCAAGUUCUGCGAUGUUUCACUUGGCGUUCAUGGCCCUGUGGGCAUUCAGAUCAUUAAGGCGCACCGUUUCGUAUUGGCGCACGCAAGCACGUAUUUCGCAAACGUAUUCGAGAAUCUGACGACACAUCGCCUGCACGCGGCCGUAGUGAUGAUCCCUCCCAUAGUAAGCGAAAACACGAUGAAUCUGCUGCUGCACUACAUUUACACCGGCGAGGUCAUAAUUCCGCAGGAUUUGAUUGGCGAACUGUUCAAGGCGGGUAAGAUUCUUCAAAUCAAAGGCUUCAUGACGACGUCGCCCCCCGGAUCCAAGCCGUUCACAACCGAAUGUCCGUUGAAGCCGGUCGCGGUUAAACCAAGGGAAAAAACGGCCACAGCCGUCCCAAAAGACCAGGGCAAAACACCAGUCACGAUAGCUGCGAUGCCAGUGGCGAUUUCUAAGCAUGUCCCAAACAAUGCCCAAGAGCUUGCCGGACCAUCUUUCAGAGUCAUGACGACGAUUGCUCCGAUUGCAGAGGAAAUCUGUGACGCGGCUUCUAGUCAUGCUGCAGUCGAGAAGACCACUACUGAAGAGCAACCAUCGGCGGUGGUGGAUGAUCCCAACCAGAAAAUGGAGUCUAACCUCCCAAAAUUGGUGUGCUCGGCUUGCGAGAAAGCUUGCGGCACUGUUGAGCAGUACAAUUCGCACCUGGAUGUCGAGCACGGUUCGAUGGAUCCUCCCAUGAAGAAGCUGAAGCUAAUGGAAGAGGACUGGUCUGCGGAGUUCUACAGCUUUGUGCUGUGCAAAGAUAAGUAGUAACUUUCUUACUAAUAUUUUAUCUGGGUAUUCUGCUUGACUGAUUUUCAUGUCAUACUUAAUGAAAUAUGAUAUUCUUUUUUUUUUUUCUUGUUUUUAAAUCGUUGGACUCCUAGACUCUAAGUAUAUGUUGGUUUUCUAAUCGCUUUUUUACUGCCUAUGUUACCAAUAAAGGUUUAGAUCACAUACUUGACCCCUGGCACAGCCGACAUUAGCUUGUUAGGGGAAAGCAGAAAAUGGGCAUCCUCAAUAUUUUUAAAUAGGUACACCGUUGUGCGUGAAGUUUCGUUGUGGUUUGGAUUUAUGAGGGGUAUCAAACGAGAAAAACUGACCUUAUUUAUUGCCUAUCUCUGAAUCAAAUUUGCUAUAAAGUCUUCAAUCCUUCUCCGCCACAUACCGUUCUCCUGCACACCGUUGAUGAUCUUCCUUAGCACGCGUCGCUCGAAAACUCCGAGUGCUUGCAGGUCCUCCUCGAGCAUGGUCCAUGUCUCGUGUCCGUAGAGGACCACCGGUCUUAUUAGCGUUUUGUACAUGGUGCAUUUGGUUCGUGAGUGAAUCUUUUUCGACCGCAGCUUCUUCUGGAGCCCGAAGU